GGAACAGGAAAAAAGCAGAAGUAAUAUCAGCAUCCUAGCAAGUUGCACAUUCGGAUUGAGGAAGAACAGAAAGUGGGUGAGUGUGAGAGUUUGACUGAGCAGGGAGCAGAGAAUUCGUCUAACUAGCAGGAAUUGGUGAGGCAGACCGAGACAAGAGUUGGACUCUCUCGACUCAGAACUUAGAGUGACUCUCUGCGGCCACAGCAGGGAGCCUGGCCCCUCCGCGGCUUCACGUUUCCUCCCUCUCGCUCUGAAUCGUCAGGACGACACAUACCUUCACACACAGAUUCAUGUGUGACGCACUGACGCGAUGGGGACCGUGAGCGAACUUUGUGUGUCCAGCCUUCAGACAUUCUUGUGUCCGGCUUUGAAGCCACCCCAAGAAGCUCCAGUGCCGGAAGACCUAACCCCAGAGGAGCAGCAGGAGCUGGAGAAUAUCCGCCGGCGCAAGCAGGAGCUGCUGGAGGACAUUCAGCGGCUGAAGGAUGAGAUAGCAGAAGUGACAAGCGAGAUUGAGAACCUGGGUUCUACUGAGGAAAGGAAAAAUAUGCAGAGGAAUAAGCAGGUGGCCAUGGGCCGAAAGAAAUUCAACAUGGAUCCCAAAAAGGGGAUCCAGUUCCUCAUUGAGAAUGACUUGCUGAAGAACACCAGCGACGACAUUGCUCAAUUCCUCUACAAGGGCGAGGGCCUCAACAAGACGGCCAUUGGAGAUUACCUCGGAGAGAGAGAUGAGUUCAAUAUCCAAGUCCUCCAUGCCUUUGUGGAGCUUCAUGAAUUCACAGACCUCAACCUGGUCCAGGCCCUCAGACAGUUCCUGUGGAGUUUUCGGCUACCUGGAGAAGCACAGAAGAUCGACCGCAUGAUGGAGGCCUUCGCCCAGCGCUACUGUCAAUGCAACUCUGGUGUUUUUCAGUCCACAGACACCUGUUACAUCCUGUCAUUUGCCAUCAUCAUGCUAAACACCAGCCUCCACAACCCGAAUGUGAAGGACAAGCCUACCGUGGAACGAUUUAUCUCCAUGAACAGAGGAAUCAACGAUGGAGGAGACUUACCUGAAGACCUGCUCAGGAAUCUCUAUGAGAGCAUCAAGAAUGAGCCUUUCAAAAUCCCAGAAGACGAUGGCAAUGACCUCACACACACUUUCUUCAACCCCGACAGAGAGGGCUGGCUGCUAAAGCUGGGAGGUAUGUACACCUGCUCUUCCCUAACGCUAGUCCAUCUCUCAGCUCUCAGGUGCUUUUGGUGGUCCGCCAUGCUUUUGUUCUCUUGCUCAUUUUUCAUUUGUUCACACAGGUUGUUUUUUUUUAUUUUUUCAUCAGUAGAUUUUUUUUUUGUUUUAGUUUUAUUUCUUGUCUCUCCAUUGACUCAUUUGAACUUCAGAUGUUUGUCUGUUCAGUUUCUCAUUGAACUGGUGGUUUGUCCACACUCUUUUAUCUCUGUGGGUGGUUGACGGGCGAUUGCGGGGUUCCUUUGCCAUCCUGUGGUCUCGGCUCGGGGAGCUGCUGCUAUGUGACCACUCUACCGAGCAGUUUGACCCUCUUUUCUCUGUGUGCUGUGGUGGUCACUCUCUUUGAUCUGUUUUUGGAAGCUGCAUUAUCCCUUUUUUCCAUACAGCAAGUACAGCAAAGGACUUCUUGACUCUCCAAAUUGACCAUGAAUCCAUUUACCACACUGGCUUUUUUCUUUUUCUUUCUUUUUUUUUUUUUUUUUUUUGCUGUCUGGUUGUAUGGAAAGGGAAUACUGCACCUUUUCAACAAUGUGGCUCUGCUGUCCUCAUCUUCUGCUGUAAAUGAACCUGAAGUUGUAACAGUGUGACUGCCACAUGGUGUGGUGCUGGACCGGACUGGACCAAACUGUGGGAGUGUGGGCAGAGGAGUGUACAGAAAGGGAUUCAAGCAUGCUUCAUGUAUGCUCGAUAUGUUCAAGUUCAAGUGCACGUAGUUUGACUGUGCAUUGUUGUAGUUAGUGCAUCUUUCCUAAUAUUUAAAAAGAAGACGAGGUGCUCAUUGAAUGUGAUUUUUGCACAAAACACCCAGUUGCUAAUUUAUCCUGACCAGAUAAAUCAUUUCCAAAGGAUUCAUAAAACUAUCAACAACUGGAUAUGAUUUACAAGAAAACCUGUUCCCUCUUGACCUUUACUCACCCAUCCUCCUGCAGUCCUGUCUUGCAUGGGUGCCUCCCUUCACUCAGCUCCGCUUCGGCCUAGCACCACCCACACAGCAGUAUGCACUGAUCUGCUGGGACAUCCUUCCCGGUCUCAUGCAUUCUUUGCACGAGGAGGAGGUCCUCUGUCUUUCUUGCCGCGACAGGAACUGACAUGACCGUGAUACCAAUCGCAACCUCCAGCCCAACCCAAUCAACUCUCAGGCCGUCGGCUGUGUGAUUCUGCCACCGCGUCUGUGUUUUCUGUUUGUCUGCCUUUUUUUUUUUUUUUUUUUUUUUUUUUAUGUGUCGCAACACACUGAUGAGUCGAGAUGUGGCGAGGAGCUCUCCGUCUCUGCCUGUCGAGUGAAUUGUGUCGAUGCUGUUUGUAGAUAAUAACAAGUGUAGAGACCGAGUUGUCUGACCUGUCAUGUUGUCUGUUAUUUGAUGGAAGAUCAUAUACAGUGCUUAAUGCUGUUAUAUGAUAAUACCAGUGUGUUCUACAUGUUUGUAUACAUGUCUUCAAAGCCUCCUCUCUCCUGAUAGGUGGGUUUCACAGUGCAGCUUUUACUAACAUUGGUGGUGGGAUAGCCAAGUUUAGACAAAGUCUGAUGCUUAAUGUCAUGUUUAGAAAGAAAGCCCACCCACACACACACAUACACAUACACACACUGGACGCUGCUCCAACGUGGCUGAGAGCCUACUUAACAAAGUCAAAAACAGGAAAGCACACCCCCAGGCAAUGAGUUUCCUGCCCUCUUCAGUUUGUUGGCAUCCCAUCCUCCCAGAGCGAGACUGCCAUCUGCUCCACUGAUCAGGUUUCCCCUCACAGGAAGUAUGAGUGACAAAAGAGUAUCAGAGAUCAGCUACAGAUCAGUGGGUGCAGAGUUAACCAGAGAGCCCCCACUGGGCGUGAAAGAGAACUUAAUCCUCAGUCACUCUGUACUCUCCAUAUUCAGCCCUCAGAUAAACUUUGUGGUGCUCUGCACGUUUGUCCUCUAGGAACUUCAUUUGGGUUGUAGUUCAUUAAGUCGAGUGAGCGCAUAGAUCUGUAACCUGUCUUAUCGAUUCAUGCUUUCCAGACUUAUUCCUCUGAGUGGACAAACGAGGAGAGUUUACAGACAAACCAAGACAUUUACGUUUACAUGAGCAUUUACCAUGUAUGUUACACUGGCUGUUAACUGCCCAGUACCAAUUAUUAAAACAUAGGUGUGACAAUAGCUAGAAGUCCUCAAGUCAACAAAGGUCAAGGACAGCAGCCAGAGAGCUGAAGGCUAUGUACUUGCGGUGAUGGUGAUCACAUAGUGGUGCGGUGGUGGAUCAGGGUGAAUAGCAGGGUGUUCUGGGUAAAAGGACUUGUCUGGAGGCGUCAUCUGUCUGUCUGCCCAUACAUCUGUCUGCCUGUCUGCUGCUUGACCCGGCGCUUCGGUGCUCAUCUCUCUCUCUCUCUCUCUCUCUGUCUCUCUCUCUCUCUGUCUCUCUCUCUCUGUCUGUCUCUCUCUCUGUCUGUCUUGCUGAGCCUCUCUGACGCUGGCUGUUUGCUCCACAGGGGGACGGGUUAAAACCUGGAAAAGGAGGUGGUUCAUCCUCACAGACAACUGUCUGUACUACUUUGAGUACACCACAG